CCUUUCUGUGCUCUGGAGUCUGGAUGUGCGCGAUGGAGAACCGACGCGUUUAACCGGAUUCCUGUUGUAGCCGUUGGAGAGCACGAGUCAUCUUAUUUUUUCCUCCACGCGCUCUCUUCGUCCUCUCUCUUAUUUUUUCUUGGACUUGUACUGUGGCUUUAUUUGACAGAAUAAUAAUAAUUAUAAUAAUAAAAACAUUUUUAGUCUCCCUUUUCACCCGGAGCUUAUGAAUUGAACUUGGCGGCGUGAUUUCGGCGUGUCACCGGUGGGAGAGCCGCGCGCUCUUGCUUGCCGUUUCUGCGCACACCAUGGCGCGCGCCGGUGGAUACGAGCGCGUGAGAAGGGCUCUGGCUGGUGCAGUUUGGAUGGCUUUGCUAUGCGUCUUCUCCAGAACGCAGGGUUCUCAGGCUCCACGCAGUUUUGUAGAGUUGCGUUUCGUGUUGGAGCCGCAAGACGUGGUAACAAUACGAGGUGGUGUACUACAGCUGGACUGCCAGGCGCGAUCUGACCGUGGCCUUCCCUCUAUCUCCUGGAAGAAGGACGGCGUGCUGCUGAGCUCGGUGGUGGACGAGCGGAGACAGCAGCUGGCCAACGGAUCCCUUCUAGUGCAGAAUGUUGUGCACUCACGUCAUCACCGACCGGAUGAAGGAGCCUACCAGUGUUUGGCCACUCUAGAGGGUGUUGGGGCCAUCGUCAGCCGCACAGCAAAGGUUACUGUUGCUGGUCCUUUACGUGUGGUGGUCCCCACCGAGUCGGUCUCGUCCUACAUGGGUGACACGGCGUUGCUGCGCUGUGAGGUGACGGGUGAGCCCAUGCCUGUAGUGCGCUGGCAGAAGAACCGAGACGAGCUGCCCUUGACCUUAGACCCUGACAGCAGGGUGGUGGUGCUGCCCUCAGGCUCACUGCAGGUCAGCAAAGUGCAGCCACCUGACGCUGCCACAUACCGCUGCCUGGCGGAGAACCCCGGGAGCGCACGGACAGGCACCGACGCUGACCUGAGGGUUUUACCAGAGCCUGGAGUAGCGAGGAAUCUGGUCUUUCUCCAGAGACCCAUGAAGGUCACGGCUCUACAGGGCAGAGAUGCCGUGCUGGAAUGUUCUGCCUCCGGCUACCCGACCCCCUCCUUCUACUGGAUGAGAGGCAGCGAGAUGAUUCAAAUCAGAUCCAGGAAGUACUCUUUGCUCGGCGGCAGCAACCUGCUAAUCAACAGCGUCACCGAUGACGACUCGGGCACGUACGUCUGCGUAGCGCAGAACAAAAUCGAGAACAUCACGGCUUCCUGCGAGCUCUCCGUUCUAGUGUCGCCCCAGUUCUUGAACUAUCCGUCCAACACGUACGCGUACGAGAGCUCGGACAUCGAGAUGGAGUGUGCUGUGACAGGUAACCCUCAGCCCACCGUGCGCUGGAUGAAGAACGGAGAGGCAGUCAUCCCCAGUGACUACUUCCAGAUCGUGGAUGGUGGGAACCUGCAGAUUUUGGGCUUGGUGCGUUCAGAUGAAGGAUUCUACCAGUGUGUGGCAGAGAACGAAGCAGGCAACGCCCUGGCAAUGGCCCAACUUAUACUCCUCGAGCUUGUUGUCCCGAGCUCAGGCGUCCUCCCUUCCUUCCCCCGGGACCUGACCCCUGUGCUUGUGUCCAGCCGCUUUGUGCGUCUCUCCUGGCGCCCCCCAGUGGAGACACGUGGUACCAUCCUCACCUAUGGAGUCUUUUACACACAGGAGGGCAUUAACAGAGAACGCUCGGUGAACGUGACAGAGCCGGAGAGUCUCCAGUUGACGGUGAACAAUCUGAAGCCUGAGGCGGUUUAUAUCUUCAGGGUGGUGGCCUACAAUGAGCUGGGGCCAGGAGAAAGCUCAGAGCAAAUCCGGCUCUCCACACAGCCUGAACUGCAGGUCCCUGGUCCUGUGGAGAACCUCCAGGCCGAGGCCAUGUCCCCAACUUCUAUCCAGGCCUCAUGGGAUCCUCCAGCAUAUGCCAACGGCCCCAUCCAAGGCUACCGGCUACUCUGGAUCGAGACCUCCACUGGCAAAGAGCAGAGCAUAGAGGUGCUCGGGCAAAGCUACAAAAUGGAAGGACUGAAGAAGUUUACAGAGUAUUCUUUACGCGUCCUGGCACUGAACCGCCACGGGCCGGGCAUCGGCACAGACAAUAUGCUCAUCACAACCUUCUCUGAUGUUCCGAGCGCUUCUCCUCAGAACAUCUCUCUAGAAGUGAUCUACUCGCGGAGUAUCAAAGUGAGCUGGCAGCCUCCUCCGGCCAACACGCAGAACGGCUUCAUCACCGGAUACAAGAUCCGCUACCGUAAAACGGGCCGACGAGGGGAUCAAGAGGCCAUAGAACCCAACAACCUGUGGUAUCUGUUCACAGGGCUGGAAAAAGGCAGUCAGUACAGCUUCCAAGUGGCGGCCAUGACGGUCAAUGGCACAGGCCCUAGCAGCGAAUGGUACACUGCGGAAACUCCAGAAAACGACCUUGAUGAGACCCAGGUUCCGAACCAGCCAAGCUCCCUGCACGUGCGUCCGCUUCCCAAUAGCAUCAUCAUGAGCUGGACCCCUCCACUGAACCCCAACAUUUUGGUGAGGGGUUACAUCAUUGGCUACGGCGUGGGGAGCCCCUAUGCUGACACAGUGCGAGUGGACAGCAAGCAGCGUUACUACUCCAUUGAAAACUUAGAGCCCAGCUCCCAUUACGUGAUCUCGCUAAAGGCCUUCAAUAAUGCAGGAGAAGGUGUGCCGCUGUAUGAGAGUGCGGUCACCAGAUCCAUGUCAGAUCCCGUUGACCCAUCAGAAGAUGAUUUGUUCCAUCUGUUUGAUAAUUUUCCCACCCCCAUCCCAGAUACGUCCACUCCCAUGAUCCCCCCUGUAGGCGUGCAGGCUGUGGCUCUGUCCUCAGACUCGGUCAGGGUGAGCUGGGCCGAUAACUCCAUGAGCAAAAACCAGAAGACCAGUGAGACACGCUAUUACUCCGUCAAAUGGAGGGGCAGUCACUCCAGCAGCAGCAAGUACAAGUCUGCAGACACCACAGGACUGAGUCACACAGUAACAGGUCUGAAGCCCAACACAAUGUACGAGUUUGCUGUCAUGGUAACGAAAGGCCGCAAGUCGAGCACGUGGAGUAUGACAGCACACGCUACCACUUAUGAAGCAGCGCCAAGCUCCGCCCCGAAGGACCUGACCGUGAUUGGUCGAGAGGGUCGUCCCAGAUCGAUCCUUAUCAGCUGGCAGCCGCCGCUCGAAGCUAACGGCAAGAUCACAGGUUAUAUUGUGUACUACACUCUGGAUAAGAACAUGGCCAUUGAUGACUGGGUGAUGGAGCCCAUCACUGGAGACAGACUCACCCACCAGGUCAUGGACCUGAAUCUCGACACCGUUUAUUAUUUCCGGAUCCAGGCCAAAAAUGCCAAGGGGGUGGGGCCUCUGUCUGAACCUGUCCAGUACAGGACAUCCAAAGUCGAACAUCCGGACAAGAUGGCCAACGACCAAGGUCGUCAUGGAGACAGCAGCUACUGGCCCUCGGACAAUAACCUGAUUGACAGGAGCAGCUUGAACGAGCCUCCCAUUGGUCAGAUGCGGCCUCCGCAUGGCAGCGUGACUCCGCAGAAGAACAGCAACCUGCUGGUGGUCAUCGUGGUGUCCGUGGGUGCCGUCACCGUCGUGGUGGUGGUCAUCGUGGCUCUCAUUUGCACUCGACGUUCUUCCGCACAACAACGGAAAAAACGGGCCACACACAGCGCUGGUAAAAGGAAAGGAAGUCAGAAAGACCUGCGACCUCCUGAUCUGUGGAUCCACCACGAGGAGAUGGAGCUGAAGAACAUCGAGAAGCCGUCCAGCUCCGCCCCGUCCGGCCGAGAAUCGCCGAUCCAGAGCUGCCAAGAGAUCGCCCCUGUCAGCCACAGCCAAUCAGAGAGUCAGAUGGGCAGCAAGAGCAGCCACUCAGGUGGUGAUGCAGAUGAAGCCUCCAGCGGGAUUUCUACGCUAGACCGCUCGCUGGCUGCACGCAGAGCCACUCGCUCAAAGAUGAUGAUCCCUAUGGACUCACAACCCAGCAAUACACCGGUGGUCAGUGCCAUCCCGGUUCCCACGCUGGAGAGCAGUCAGUACCCGGGCAUCCUGCCUUCUCCCACAUGCGGCUACACCCCUCACUCCAAAUUCACCCUCAGGCCCAUGCCCUUUUCCACGCUCACCGUGGACCGAGGCUAUGCUGCAGCCAUAACCACAGAAACCCCCCAGCCUCAGGCAUCUCUGAUCCCCUCUGUGCAGCCCGAAGCAUCGGGGGCAGAGGAGAUGCCGAGCCGCUCCAUUCCCACAGCGUGUGUAAGACCCACACACCCCCUGCGUAGCUUCACCAACCCCCUCCUGCCCCCACCCAUGGGCAACAUCGAGCCCAAAGUCUACACUCCCAUGAUGCCACAGCCAGGUGGAAGUCUCCCGAAACCCCAAGUCAAGACGGCUUCGUUAGGACAGGCUGGGAAAGCAAGAUCACCGCUACUUCCUGUCUCUGUCCCGACAGCACCCGAAACCGCAGAGGAAGGACAGAAGCCAGCAGAAGACCCUGCAAGUGUGUAUGAGCAGGACGACCUGAGCGAACAGAUGGCCAGUCUAGAAGGACUGAUGAAGCAGCUGAACGCCAUCACCGGCUCUGCAUUUUAACGUCGGCGACCAACCGGCGGAAGCUGCGAUCUAGCUGAGGGAGCAGAGGCACGUCACGCACCGAGCCACGUACCUGUGACUUUACAGACUCUCUGAUGUCUCGUGUCCCUCUGCCUCCGUCUGGCCUUUUAUUCCACUCACGCGUUGAUCAGCAAAAACCCUGCGAUGAGACAACAAAAAAAAAAGGGAAAAAAAUAAAAUCACAUGCGAGACACACGUAUAAAAGGGUUUAAAAAACGGAGCCGGGUUUCGAUCCGCGUCUCCUCCUGAUGAUUCUUUCACCCGUGUUUUUUCUUUAUUUUCUUGGGUUUUUCGCUCACACCGCAGCUUCGGCAGAUCUAAACAAGCUGGAGACGAGAAGAACGGGUUGAGAAAAUGACACACUUGUUUUCUUCUGCUCUGUCGUUCCGUCUUUCCAAAAACUUUUCCAAAACACAAGGACAGUGACUUAGAGUUUUGUGACGAGACGAGUCGGUGGAUCGGGAAAUAAACAAUCCAUUCCAUUGCAAAUAUACCUCCAUUUCCUGACCAGUAGUUUGACCUACUAUGACUGUGUUAUAAUGCACAACUCACACACACACACACACACACACACACACGUACGUCAUACCCUGUAUUCCAUCAUUUUAAUUUUUUUUCACACACACAACGAAGUCAUCAGCAGCCAAAAAACAGCAAGAUGCUACAGCGAGAUGUCUUCUGUGGACGGAGAGGUGGGACGUCGCAGCCGGAAAGCCGUGAGAUAAACGAACGGCGUGAUCGAGCAAUUCCACUUCCACCCGGGCUGUUUUUUUUUUUUUUUUUUUUUGUUUUCCCAGCUUUCCACGUCUACGGCGGUCUUGUAGAUGAAAGACCCUGUCACAUAAAACGGUGUCAACAGCAGAACACGCUGCUGCGUCGACACGCACCAGGGUUUACUUUUCCGUUCCUUUUUUUUUCUGCUCAUUUGUGCUUUGUCUAAUCUUUUUUAAUAUAUAUCUCUCUCUC